CUUAUGACUCUUGGCAUCCCGGCUGUAUCUGAGGACGGGGGGAAUGCAGGACCGGGCGCUGGGCCGGAUACCACUACAGUUCUCAGGACUGAAAGCCUUCAUAGUAAUGGUGCCUCCUCACCUUUGCCGAGUGGUAUGGGCAAUCCGCCUGCAGGUGCUGAUAUACCUUCUCCUGCUAAUGUCUCAGAGCCCGUCGGACCUCAACCCGAAGGGACGUCCGUUGGCAUCGGAUCUCGCUCUUCUUUGCACGAGCGUGUCCGUAGCCUUUUGGCCGAUACUGAUCCUGACAGAGAGGCUUUCCGUACGGACCUCAGCUUCUUCACCGCCUGGUCCAGUUGUUCACAAUCACCAGAUGCCUUAAAUUUCAAUAUGAGGAGAUUGUACCUGGGUUGGGAUUGUUUAACAGCGGAGAAGAUGGCGGCGGAGAUUGUACCUGGGUUGGGAUUGUUUAAGAGCAGAGAAGAUGGCGGCGGAGAUUGUACCUGGGUUGGGAUUGUUUAA